AUGGUCUUCCUCAUUCCUGAAACCAACUUCCAUUUUAAGGUCAAGGCAGAGAUGAAGACCAUAUGUGCUCUCCUAAAGGAGAGAUGCUUCCAAGGAGGCGCCCAUCCCGUGUGGGUCUCCAAGGUGGUGAAGGUCAACUCCAACGGUGACUCAGAACGCAAGGGCAGGCUGGAAUCUGACCUUGUAGUGUUCUUUACCAAUCUUCACACUUUUGAGAAUUAUUUAUAUCGAUGGGGAGUGGUCAUCGAGGAAAUUAAGGAACACCUGCAUAAGUUUCAGAGAGAGAAAGAUAUUAGCCUGAAGUUGGAGGUCGAGAGUUCAAAGCAACCCAACCCCCAAGCACUCAGUUUCAAGCUAAUCGACCCAGAUCAGGAGGGGAGGUUUGUGAAGUUUGAUGUGCUGCUGGCCUAUAAUGUCCUGGGUCAGUUCAACUACAUCAAGCCUAGCCCCAAAAUCUACACUGACCUCAUCAGUGAGCGCACCUCCAAGAAGCUGGAGGACAAGUUUGCCACCUGCCUCAUGGUGCCCCAGAGAAUAUUCUUGGGGAGUACACCAAACAAGCUGAAGUAUCUUAGAGACCGGGUCAAGGACUGGUACCAAACGUGUAAGAAGAAGCUGGGGAAGCCGCUGCCCCCACUGUAUGCGCUGGAGCUGCUCACAUUCUACGCCUGGGAAUAUGGGAGUGGAGUCUCUGACUUCAACACAACCGAGGGCUUCAAGACAGUCUUGGAACUGGUCACCAAGUACAGACAGCUUCGAAUAUACUGGACAAUGUGUUAUGACAUUAAACUCCAGCACAGACAGCUCAGUGGAGCCAGGCCUGUGAUCCUGGACCCGGCUGACCCAGCAACAAAUGUGGCUGGUUUGAACGCAGAUGGCUGGUGCCUGCUGGCAGAGGAGGCGAUGACAUACCUGGACUCUGAAUACUUUAAAUACUGGGAUGGCUCCCCAGUGGGCUCAUGGGAUGUGCCGGUGAUUGAGAGCUGGGCUUGUGUCCUUCUGUGAGCACAGCAGCUUCUGCCCAGGAGGCUCGCGUCUCCGCGAAUGUGACCCUCUGUGCAGGACUUCACCAGAGAAGGCCGGAAUCUUCCCAAGCUCCCAUCCUGGGCUCCUGACCCUGCCUGCCCACCCUUCUAUGUUGUCUCAUCUAUGACAGCCUUCCCUACAGCUACUUCAUCUCCCUUAAUCUGGAUAUUGUUCUCCGCAAGAGAUCAGAAGGGAAUGGGAGAACUUAACCUUGACUUCCAUUUGUGUAUCUGCUAGAGGGUUCAGUCCAAUAUCUGAUCAACAAUAAACCACAGCAGGGUCUUAGAA